AUGUUCUUCUUUCGCGCCGUCUCCUCCCUGGUGUUCCUGACCCUCAUUAUCUUAUUGAUACCCCUUACCUUCGACAUCGGCGGUCGCGACGCUGGCCUGGCCUACUCGCUAUCCAUCGCCACCUUUUAUUUCUUCCUCUCAAUUCUGCGCAUAUCCACCCCCGAUCGCUCAAACUUUAGAAGAGGCAUAAUCAAUCUGUUGCGCGGUCUACAAUGGAUUCUACUUCCUAGUCUAUGCAUCUGGGCUCUGGGAAGGUUCUCCAUUGACGCUGAAAGUAGUGGAGGCUGGGUUGAAAGAACCUUUAAGACCAAGAAAGACUUCUUCCCCGCCAACAGAAACACGCGCGAUGCCAUAUUUGGCCCCGAAGGUCUGGUCGAGAAUGCGACCAUUGGAGGUUGGCAUCUCCUUCUACGCUGGUCCUCUCCAAUCUUCCAGCUACUAGAGGGUUUCUGCAGUCUGCUGGUGAUUCAGGCUUUGGGCCAACUCUCCAGAUGGCUAGUCAAUCGAAGUGAAUGGAGUGACGCCUGGUUACUUGUUCUCCUGGUUUCUGCCGCUGGUGUUGUAUCCAGCUCGGUCUACUUUCUCUGGCGAGUUCUCCAGUUUCCAGACAUUUCCAACUUGGAUUCCACUCUGAUCGGUAUCGCAAUCGCCUCUGCCAUCUUCCUCUGCGCCUAUGGCGUCGUCUCAGGCCGCGGAACUGCAGUCGAGUCGUCCCUUCUCUUCGCCUACAUUGUUCUGUGCAUCUACCAAAUCUUUACCGAUUACAAACCCAACGACAACUCCACCGCAGAUAUGGCCACAUCCGCUCCUGAUUUCCCUCCCUUCCCACCCAUUAUCAUGUCCUCAUACACCGCCAUAAUGUACGCCCUUUCCACCCUUCCAGGAGCCUUGGUCGACGCUUUUGACUUCACCGCUGCAGCAUUCAAAGCUGUAACGCCGUCUGUUCUCAUUUCACUUGGCUAUCGUCUCUUCGUCUUCUAUGCUUCUACUCGCAUCAUUCCCGCCAUCAACGAAAGUGGCGCACGAGGCCUCAGCAUGGAGCCCUCUCUAGAAGAUUCCAACGCAGGCAACCAAUUUCUGGCGUUUCUCUCUUGGUUCUCCCCGAGCAUUCUCAUCGCCGUCUACACGAGUCUUCUUAUGCAACAUUUCGCCACCACCAUCGGAGGCUAUACUCCCGGUCUGACCGAAUCCAUUGGGGCUUGGUGGAGUGGGAACGGCCAGCCAGGCAUGAACGGCAAUCUUUGGAAAUGGGUCAACUUGGUCGGAACCAUGGGCCUUUAUGCUAUCGAGCUGUGGCUGGGGAAGGAAGAUGACAUUGACGGGGGCCAUUGGAAAGUGGAUUGA